AUCUGUUAACGCCUUGUCGAUCCAACAAGAGGCACACCCUCAACGCGAGGCAAACUUUUCUACAUCAUCUCAACUUACGUUUCACAACCGCCCGCACCCUUUCCUUCACACUCUGACCCGCGAACCGAACCUUGGCUCUCCCUGAGCAAUGCAUUGGUCAUCUUGACGGCGAUGAGCGGACUGGGUCACGAUGAGCGACCUAUCGCCAAGCGCUUACCUUCCUAUCGGAACACUUCAUGUCGACAAAGAGAACUCCAACCUAUCUCCAGAACUGCUGGUAUCUCCACUGUUCAAGUCUUGGAGUUUCUUCGUUCACCCGCGUGACGAGCCUCCCAUCACCAAAGACGAUGACAUACUCAAGGCAGAGGCGCAGCGUCGUCUCCUCACCACCGAUACCCUGAAGCCAUGCAAGACUCUCUUCUCCAAUCGAUGGAUCAGACUUGAGUACAAAAUCUGCGAUACCCGCUGCACCGUUCGUGUGUACUGUCUCCCGGAUGACGUGCAUCGCGCCCACCUUGACCGCAGCAGUCUUUCGCAUCGGCAAGCUCGACAAUCCAUCAUUGCCAGACUCGACACAUCUAAUGAUUCUUGGAAUGGACACCAAAGCCCCGGAAUACCUGAGCCGCUUGAUCCUGAGCCUGGCCGCGAGCCUCCUUCGCUGCUGCAUCUAUUCAAUACCAUACCUUCACCCACCCCAAAAGCUCAAGAUAUCAGCGAUCCAACAAGCCGAGAAGCCAUGGGCUCUGUACUCAGCAGUCAAGUGGAUGGUUUAACUUCAGAACUUUAUCCGUACCAGAGGCGAUCAGCAGCAUUGAUGCUACAGCGCGAGUCCUCACCUGGAUACAAUGUCGAUCCUCGCCUCCAGAUGCACACAGACAUCCAGGGCAAACCAUGGUACAACGACAGCGGUGGCGGUACCAUUCUGUCCGAACCUCGUUACUAUGAGGGUGUACCCGGUGGUAUCCUCGCCGAAGAAAUGGGCUCUGGCAAGACCAUCAUUUGUCUUGCCGUCGUCCUGGCGUCGAGGGUUGUUGCCACCAAAAUACCGGACAUGUAUGGCGUUGCCCCGGCCCCAAGGCGGCAAAAAGGCACCUCUCUGCUCGACAUGGCGGCAUCGACCGUGACUCGCCAUGGUGUGCCCUGGAGACCGUACUUUGAUGAACAGGCAUUUGGCCAGUGUGUCGAGGCUCUCAGGCGGAAUCCCGGCUACUAUCUCAAACCAGCUCCUGAGCCUCGGAGAAUGUCGAGGCACCGUCGCGAGGAUGGUUCUACUCCGCCGCCAACCAAGAUCUAUCUCAGCGAUGCGACUCUCAUCCUCGUGCCCCGGAAUUUAGUGGCGCAGUGGACGCAGAUGAUACGAAAGCAUACAGAGGGCCUUAUUGUCCACGUCGUUGCCAAGACCGAUCCUUUACCUUCACUCCAGAUGCUGCUGAAUUGCGACCUCGUUCUUUUCUCACACAGUCGCUUCGAAGAGGAGUACAGGCGCGGCAAUAUCACCGACGGUCUGCUAGGUCAAAUCCAUUUCAAGAGGUGCAUGAUUGACGAAGGCCACAAACUCGGCAACUCAUGGCUAGGGCGCCGAGGUGACCUGGCAUCAGGCCUCAGUAACAUGAUUUUCGACUACCGCUGGGUGGUGACCGGAACGCCCUCGCAGGGGUUGUACGGUGUAGACCACAGCGGCGCUGACGAGAAGCCCUCGCAUCCGUCUGCGCAGAUGGAACGAAGGGACCUCACGCACAUUGGCAUGAUGGUGUCAUCGUUCCUGGGUGCUCGCCCGUGGGCGAACACGCAGCACGAAGUAGGCGACACCCUGGCGGUGUGGGACAACUAUGUGAUGUUACCCAGGCAUAAAAAGGGGUGCCAUGGGCGAUGGGACACCCUGAAAUCCACCCUGGACUCGCUCAUUGUGCGACACCGCUUGGGAGAUGUGGUCGACAAGUUGCCGGCCGUCCAGGAGAAUGUGGUCUAUCUGGAAGGGUCCUACCAGGAUCGGCUCUCCUUACACAUUUUCUCCAUGAUGAUCAUCUCCAACGCCGUGCAGUCGCAGCGCACGGAUCAGGACUACUUCUUCCACCCGCGCCAGAGGAGCAGUCUUAUCUUAAUUGUCAGCAACCUGAAACAGGCCAGCUUCUUUGGCGGCUCGUUCUUCAACUCACUGGAGAUUGAGAAAGCGGUCGAGACGGCUGAAGAGUUCCUGCGCAAGGGAGAAGUUGAAAUCUCCGCCCAGGACGACGCUCUACUACGCGAUGCCAUCCGCUUCGGCCACCUGGCGGUCUCGAAUUCCCUGAGGAGGUUGAGCAAUCAGUUUCAUGAAAUGCCCGUGCAGGUCGAAAACUUCCCUGCAGGCGCCGGUCACGCCUGGGCUUUGGGCGAUGACGACGUCUACGGUACCAAGGAUGGUGCGCGUAAUGACUCGAUAUGUACUUCGGCCAGCCUGUUACUGCACCUGCAGAAGCUUAUCCACAAGACUUUGGGCGAACCGGACAAGUUCAACGCUCUGCUGAAUGGUGGCCUGGUACAGGCAGGCGCAGCAGAAAAGGCAAAGAUGUUGCAGGCACAGUCGCCCGACAGAGCAUCCAAGCCGUCGAAUAAGCAGUCUAAGAGUCUCGCGGGGAACGUGCGGCUUGGUGGGGAUAACGCACACAAAGCUCGAUCACACGGCAUCAAUGGCAUUGAUCCCGUCGAGAGCGCCAGCGAUGAAGUGUCCAUGAGGCCUCUGGAGAAGGUGAGGAUCACUGCUACGGCGUCGGCAAAGAUGUCGUAUCUGCUAGAUCAACUGGCCAUACACCAGGAGGACGAAAAGAUACUCGUAUUCUACGAGAACGACAAUGUGGCAUGGUAUUUGGCAAGCAUUCUGGAUGUGAUGCAAAUACAGUACCUGAUCUAUGCCAGGACUUUGAGCACAGACAGGAAGGCACAGUAUGUCAAGACAUUUGACUACAAUCCAGCAUUUCGCAUCUUGCUCAUGGAUAUUACGCAGGCGGCUUUUGGGCUUGACAUGCAGGCAGCCUCGAGAAUCUACUUUAUCAACCCGGUGCUGAACCCCCAAGUCGAAGCGCAAGCCAUUGGACGAGCGCGCCGUGUCGGCCAGCAGAGGCCCGUCACCGUGGAGACCUUGGUGCUCAAGGGCAGCAUUGACGAAGUCAUCCUCGAGCGCAAGCAGCACAUGACACAAGCCGAGCAUCGGCAGGCCAAGUCCAUCCUCGACAUUCGUCCCAUCUACAACUGGAUCAAGAAUGCCAAGAUCAGCGAGCUACCCGAGGUGGACGCAGAGGAGGUGUCACAGAUGGCCCCGUUGCAGUAUGCGCACCACGUCUUUGGCCGUGGAUUCGGCAGAGCCACGCACCCAGACGAUGAUCUGGUACUGAGCAGCCCGACCGGCAGCAAGAAGAUGGACUUUGCCCCGCAGGGCGUCACGAAUGGUACGAAACGCAGUCGCGAGGACGGUCCUGUUAGGUCAGAGCCAAAGGGAAUUCGCUUCGCGAUUCGCUCGACAGUGCCGACUGCGACGGACUUGAACGAGAACACUGAUGGCGUCGAAGAGGAUGAGAGUCAGCGUCCAGCUCGACGCGUACGAUUUGGCUGAGCAGAUGAUCAGAUUUGAAUUGGGCAUUAUAGGUUAUUAGCGAGGCGUUUGUAACGGACUUUGAAUGAAAGGUUUGAUAUCUGGGAAUAGUGCUGAAGAGUCUCCUUGAAGCAAGGAGACUCUUCGCUGCCUGCAAAGACGACAUUCUCUCUCUGACCGUGCUCACUUGGCCGAGCUCAUCCCCAGGACUUCUUAGCGCCAUGCACAGCUCAGAGAGCUUGAGAGCAUACGCUUUGCUACAGUGGUAACAUGACUCGGUAACCAGGGACUAUGUCUGGAUGUGUUUCGCCCGGGAAGGUC